UCCUAGAAUCUUCUUCCACAGCUUUUACCACGACUAAAACCUCAAUUUGCAGUCAGUCCGUUAAAAGGGUUUUAGAGUCUUCUUCUUCUUCUUCUUCUUCUUCUCUCACACGAUGGUUGGUCCUGAUGCUUCUGAUGCUCUCGCAGUGAGGGACACAGUUCAGCAGUUCUUGAAUGCUGCACGUACUGGGAAUUUAGACCUUUUCAAGAAAUUGGCUAAACAACUUGAUGAUGGGAAGGGAAUAGCUCAGACAGUGGCAGAUGUUAAGGAUGCGAACAAGAGAGGGGCUUUGCAUUUUGCUGCCAGAGAGGGCAAGACUGAUAUGUGCAAGUACUUGGUUGAGGAGUUGAAGCUUGAUGUCAAUGCAAAAGAUGAUGAUGGUGAGACUCCUCUUCUUCAUGCUGCGAGGCAAGGACACACAGCUACUGCUGAAUACCUUACUGAGUGUGGUGCUGAUUCUAGUAUACCCAGUCAAUUGGGUGCAACGGCUCUGCAUCAUUCUGCAGGAAUAGGAGAUACCGAGUUAUUGAAAUUCUUAAUUUCACGAGGUGUGGAUGUUGAUUUACAAAGUGAUGCUGGUACUCCCCUUAUAUGGGCUGCUGGUCAUGGUCAGCAAGAUGCUGUCAGAAUACUGCUAGAACACCGUGCUAAUCCGAACAUUGGAACUGAAGAUGAUGUCACUCCUUUGCUGUCUGCGGUGGCAGCAGAUUCAUUACAAUGUCUAGAGUUGUUAAUUCAGGCAGGUGCUCAUGUUAAUGUUACUGCUGGUGGAGCGACUCCUUUGCACAUUGCUGCUGACCAUGGUAGCCCUGAAAUGUUAGAAUGUUUACUAAAAGCCGGAGCUAAUCCUGAUUCCCUUGAUGAGGAGGGUGUGAAACCUAUAGAAGUUGCUGCUGCAAGAGGUCAUCGAAGAGCUGUGGAGAUUCUAUUUCCUGUAACCUCACAAAUUCCAACAGUCUCAGAGUGGAGUGUUGAUGGAAUACUUGAGCACGUUGAGUCUGAAACUGACAAAGUGAAGGAAGUAAAGCAAGUUAAUAAGCAGAAGGCUGUUUCUGCGCCUGAGGUGACACCUGAAACAAGAAAGAAGGCUUCUGAAGCAAAGGCAAGAGGAGAUGAAGCUUUUAAAAGAAAAGAUUUUUCACUAGCUGUGGAUGCUUAUUCACAGGCUAUUGAUUUUGAUCCUACGGAUGCAACUUUACAUUCGAAUAGAAGCCUUUGUUGGCUCCGCUUGGGCCAAGCUGAUCAUGCCUUGUCUGAUGCAAGGGCCUGCAGGGCACUAAGACCUGAUUGGCCUAAAGCUUGCUACCGUGAAGGAGCCGCUUUGCGUUUAUUGCAGAAGUUUGAGGAAGCAGCCAGUGCUUUCUAUGAGGGUGUCACGCUUGACCCUGAAAAUAAGGAGCUUGUAGCUGCUUUCAGGGAAGCUGUUGACGCAGGGAGAAAGUUUCAUGAAAAAGAAAAACAAAAAUCCUAAUGGAAUUUUUAGCAGCAGAGGAGAAAGAGGUAGGAAGAACUUGGAUAGGAUUCAUGUAAACCAACCUGCACAAGGUGACGCCUGGCAUUUUCAGAUUGCAGUUAUGUGGGGAAUUCUCAUGCAGAAACUGUGCUUGUGCAAAGAAACCACACCUAGAUUUUGUCAAUGUACUCGUAAAAGAGGUGAGGUAGAGAAGGAAAAUUAUGUUUCCAUUUUUUUUAUUCGAGUAUGUGUGUGACUGUAACAUUAUUUAGUGGUUUAUGGAUAACUCUCUCAUAUAUUAUGUAGAAGUACCAGUAUCUUCAGCAAUUCAACAAUCAACCACAUAUGCACAUGCAGUUUAGUUUCUGCAGGACUU